GCGGGGCUCACUGAGGGCGGCGGCGGCGGCGAGAGGGGCCCGGGAGGGUCCUGGCAGCUGUGCAAAGGACUCUGGCGGAUAGUGCCUCACCCGAGCCAUGGCCACGCGCCUCAGAGCGGGAAGACACGAGGUUGACCCCGCAUUAAUGAACAUUCUGGGGAGAAAAGCUGAUUUUUCCAAGGCUGGAGCUGGCAGGAGCUGCACCGUGAUCGGGGGCUCGGGGUUCCUGGGGCAGCACAUGGUGGAGCAGCUGCUGGCCAAGGGCUACAGCGUCAACGUCUUCGACAUCCACAAGAGGUUUGAGAGUGACCAGGUGACCUUCUUCCUGGGAGACCUGUGUGACAAGGAGGCUCUGCUGCCAGCCCUGCGCGGCGUGGCCGUGGUGUUCCACUGUGCAUCGCCAGCCCCUGCCAGUGACAACAGGGAGCUCUUCUACAGGGUGAACUUCACGGGAACCAAGGCAGUCAUUGAGGCCUGCAGAGAAGCUGGAGUGCAGAAAUUGGUGUUAACCAGCAGUGCCAGCGUCGUUUUUGAGGGCACAGACAUAAAAAAUGGCUCAGAAGAUCUCCCCUAUGCACAGAAACCUAUUGAUUACUACACAGAAACCAAGAUCCUGCAGGAGAAGGAGGUGCUCAGUGCCAAUGACCCAGACAACAAUUUCUUCACCACUGCAAUCCGUCCCCAUGGAAUAUUCGGUCCCAGAGACCCUCAGCUGGUUCCCAUCCUCGUCCAGGCAGCUCGGAGUGGCAAAAUGAAGUUCAUCAUUGGGGAUGGGAAGAACCUGGUGGAUUUCACCUACGUGGAGAACGUGGUCCAUGGGCACAUCCUGGCUGCAGAGAAGCUGCACAAAGGCUCUGCCCUGUGUGGCAAGGCCUUUCACAUCACCAAUGACGAACCAAUUCCUUUCUGGACGUUCAUGUCCCGGAUCCUGACCGGCCUGGACUACGACCCUCCCAAGUACCACAUUCCCUACUGGCUGGCCUAUUACCUGGCCCUGCUGCUGUCCCUGCUGCUGGCCCUGCUCAGGCCCCUGGUGACCAUCAAGGCCACCUUCACGCCCAUGAGGGUGGCCCUGGCUGGGACCUUCCACUACUACAGCUGUGAGAGGGCCAAGAGGGCCAUGGGCUACAGCCCCGUGGUGAGCCUGGACGAGGCCAUCGCCAGGACAGUGCAGAGCUACCCCGGCCUGCGCCGGGCCCGGGCCUGACAGCCCUGCCUGGAGCUUCUCCUGCUUCAUUCCCAUCACUACUGACAGCUCAACGUGGAGCAAAUGGCACCAAUUCCCAGGAAUUUGGAGUUGUCCUGAAAUUUCUCCUCCUCCUCCGUCUCGCCAUUCCCUCAUGUGGGAGCUGUGCUAAGAGUUUGUUUCUUGGAUGUGACUUCUGUUUGGAAACAGCUGCUGAACUCUCUGGGCUGUGAAUAAACACCCUGCUGUGCCCUCUUCAAUCCCAGGCAGGCACACCAGCAUUCCUGCUCUCCUCUCCCCACCCUUGUCCCGUGUUUUGUUGCUCUGGUGACAGCAGCCACCCCUUCUCAGAGCUGUGGGCUGGGUAACAAACACUUCCCAUGGCUGGCUCCCCUCUGGGCUUUGGCUUUGCUCUCCACAAGAGAGCCCCGUGCCAAAAAGGAGUUCUGCCACCUUCUCUUAACUCAUUGCAGCUCCUUUGGUUUUCCUUCUGUGAUUAGGGGGUGAUUCGGCUUCUCACUGAGGCAGCAGAAGGACCCCAUGAGGAGCGUGUUCCUUUGUCCAUGCAGGGUUUAUUUCUGUCCCAAAAGAACCCAAAUAAAUCCCACAGAGAUGGCUUCCCAGCCUUGUGUCCCAUCUCUGAAAGGGCAGAUCCCACUCUCAGCACAAACAGGAUUUUAGUGAUUCCCUGUUGGGGGCAGAGAUCUUUGGGAGCUGCCUGCCAGCAGCCCCAGCACUGUCUCACCACAGCUCCCUUCCCACAAGGUCUGCAGUGCUUGGAGGAUCCUACAGCACCGAGCUCCUCCUCCCUGCCCUGUUCGUGCUGCUCAUGGGGAUUUCUUUGACCAUUUAGUCCGUGAAAAAGCCUCUUUCCCACAAGGAAAUGGGUACAAAGCGAUGGUCCCCGAGCUGUUUCCUGUGGCUUGUCUGUUAAAUGUUCUUUGCCCUCUCAUCUUUCUAAGCACUGCAGUUCUGCUUUGGCUUCAAAGGAGGAGUUUAGGUUCGAGCUGGAGUUUCCCCCCGUGCAAAUUCCUGGCUCCCUGGGACUUCUGGUGUUCCAGAUUUCAGAAGGAUGGGAAGUGCCUCAGUCGCAGAAUUAGGGAAUCCCGGGAUGGUUUGAGUUGGGAGGGACCUUAAAGCUCAUCCCAUUCCACCCCCAUGGACACCUUCUACUGUCCCAGGCUGCUCCAAGCCCCGUCUAACCUGGCCUGGGACACUUCCAGGGAUCCACCUGUGAGCUCAGUGUGCUGCUUGAGUCCCAUUAAAUGGGCUUUAUUUUAA